AUGGGUUGUUGCUUGAGUCAAGAAGAAAAGGCAGGAAGACAAAGGAAUGAUGAGAUUGAGAACCAGCUUAAAAGAGACAGGCUCUCUAUGCGUAACGAAGUAAAAAUGCUCUUGCUAGGUGCUGGUGAAUCCGGCAAGUCAACAAUUCUUAAACAAAUGAAACUUAUUCAUGACGGUGGUUAUUCUCCAGAAGAGAGAGAAUCGUUUAAGGAAAUCAUCUUCUCAAACACCGUACAAUCAAUGCGCGUUAUCUUAGAAGCUAUGGAUGUUAUGGGAAUAUCUUUAAAAAUUGAAGGAAAUCAAAAAUUUGUUGCUAUUAUAAUGAAUUUGCCUAACCAGAUUGAAGGGGAUCACUUGCCUCCUGAAGUUUCCUCGGCUAUUAAAUCUUUAUGGGCUGAUAAAGGUCUUUUAGAAUGUUUUAACAGAUCUAGAGAAUAUCAAUUAAAUGACUCUGCAAAAUAUUACUUUGACUCUAUUGACCGAAUUGCGAAACCAGAAUAUCUCCCAACAGAUCAAGAUGUAUUACGCUCUCGUGUAAAGACCACAGGUAUUACGGAAACAACGUUCAUAAUCGGUGAACUCACGUAUCGUAUGUUUGAUGUAGGAGGUCAACGUAGUGAACGUAAGAAAUGGAUUCACUGUUUCGAGAAUGUGACAGCCAUUGUAUUCUUGGUUGCUAUAUCAGAGUACGAUCAAUUACUACUAGAAGACGAAUCAGUGAAUCGUAUGCAAGAAGCUUUAACAUUAUUUGAUUCAAUUUGUAAUUCAAGAUGGUUCGUGAAGACUUCUAUUAUACUCUUUUUGAAUAAAAUUGAUAGAUUUAAGGAAAAGCUUCCAAUAUCUCCAAUGAACAAUUAUUUCCCCGACUUUGAAGGAGGAGAUGAUUACGACUUAGCGUGUGAUUACAUACUUAAUAGAUUUGUAUCAUUGAAUCAAAGUGAUAUUAAACAAAUUUAUACACAUUUUACAUGUGCUACCGAUACACAACAAAUUAAAUUUGUUAUGGCCGCCGUAAAUGAUAUCAUUAUUCAAACUAAUCUAAGAGAUUGUGGAUUAUUGUAA